AAUCGCCGCGCGUUUCCCGCCGCCGGGGUCAGGGGUCGGAGUUCGGGGCGCCGCGCGGAGGGAAGAACGGGCGGGCGGGAGGUGCCGGCGCCAGACGCGGAGGGAAGGAGCCGCGAGCAGCCGCCGAGAGGCCGCGGAGCCAGCGACGACCGAGCCAGCCGAGCCGCCGCCGCCGCCGCCGCCGCCGCGCCCCCAUGGCGUCCGCGAAGGACACGCAGGAGGACCAUGAUACCUCCACCGAGAAUGCCGACGAGUCCAACCACGACCCCCAGUUUGAGCCUAUCGUCUGUCUUCCUGAGCAAGAAAUCAAAACCCUGGAGGAAGACGAGGAAGAACUUUUUAAAAUGCGGGCGAAGCUGUUCCGGUUUGCCUCGGAGAGCGACCUCCCUGAGUGGAAGGAGCGGGGCACGGGCGACGUCAAGCUCCUGAAGCACAAGGAUAAGGGGACCAUCCGCCUGCUGAUGCGCAGGGACAAGACGCUGAAGGUCUGCGCCAACCACUACAUCACGCCGCUGAUGGAGCUGAAGCCGAACGCGGGCAGCGACCGGGCCUGGGUCUGGAACACCCAUGCCGACUUUGCUGACGAGUGCCCCAAGCCCGAGCUACUGGCCAUCCGGUUCCUCAAUGCUGAGAAUGCACAGAAAUUCAAAAAGAAAUUUGAAGAGUGCAGGAAAGAGAUCGAAGAGAGAGAAAAGAAAGGCCCGGGCAGACACGGUGACGCCGGGAAGGCGGCCGAGAAGCUGGCGGCUCUUUCGGUGAAGGACGAGAGCGAGGCAGCCCCCGGGAACGAGGAGUCCGGAAACGAGGAGGCCGAGGAGAACGUCGAAGAGGAGCAAUAAGUCGUCUUAACCCGUUUCCUUUCCUUCCCUCCUUUCUUCUCUUUCCCCUUUUUUUUUGGUCCCACUCCUUUUCUGUUUUUUACAAGGGACUUUAUACAAAGAACUGAAUCCCAUCCAACAUUCAGGUUGUUUUUUCUAAGUUUUUACCCUGUCGAAGAUGACUUCAGAAAAUCCAUUCCCCAGUCAUGAAAAUGUACUGUGCUAACUUUCUUUUCCAUAGUGGAAACACUUAUUUAUAGUCAUCAAAAAUAGUGAAUAAAACCACAUUUGAAAA